AUGCACGGCCGCGUCGCUCGCGUCACUGCCCUGCUAGCAGCAGUGCUGCUGGCGUCGUCGGCCGCCGCGCAGCCGUGGAAGAGCUGCGACGGCGCCAGCGGCAACUACGUGGCCGGCAGCGCCUACGCCAACAACACCCAGCAGCUCAUCCUGGGCCUCCAGACGAACGCGUCCGCCUCGCCCGCCUACUUCGCGUCGGGCUCCGUCGGCGCGGGCACCGCCGCCGUCGUCUACGGGCUCAUGAUCUGCCGCGGCGACGUCAGCACCAACGACUGCUUCGACUGCGGCACCCGCGCGUGGCAGGACGUGCAGCCGCUCUGCAACCGCACCCGGGACGCCGCGCUCGUCUACAACCAGUGCUACGUCCGCGUCGCCGCCACGAACUUCCUCGCCUCGCCCAAGAACACCGGCAUGGUGAGCGUCGUCGGCGGCGCCACCAUCCCCGGCGGUGUCGACGUCGCGGCCUACGACGCGGCGCUCAGGCGGCUGCUCAACGCCACCGCGCAGUACGCCGUGGACAGCAGCUCGGCCCCGUCGUCGGCGUCGCCGAGGCUGUACUUCGCUGCGGGGCAGCUCGUGGGGCUCGACCCGCGGGUCCCCAACAUCUGGUCCCUGGCGCAGUGCGCGGGGGACCUGGCGCCGGCGCAGUGCCGGAGGUGCCUGGACGACCUGAUGGCACUGUGGUGGAACGGGAGUGGGUUCAAGCCCGACGGGGCAAGCGCGAGGUUCGCUGGCUCCCGGUGCAACCUCAGGUCUGACAUUGGGGACAAGUCCUACACCAACAGCCCGAUGGUGAAGCUCCAGAUGAACGGCGAAGUGGUCGUUCCCGCGCCGGCGCCUUCCACGGCAGGUGAGCGCUUGUUCUAUUCCAUUUGA